AUGGACGUGUACUCGCCGCCUGUGAGCCCCGCGCUGUACAGCCAGCUGGCUGUGGUGUUGCUGGCGAUUGGGGUUGUGUUCUCGGGAAAGUUCUUUGUGUAUGAGGUGAGCCAGAGCAAGAGCCGGAGAUCUAUCACACAGGAGCUGUACCUGGCUGCAACCGCGUCCGUCUUCCUCGGCAUCGGCAUCUUCUUCCUCGCCCUCACCGUCGGCAUUCCCGUCUAA